AUGGGUUUCCAUAGUGUGGCCAUUAUUUCUCCUACAGCGGGCACAGGUGCAGGUAACAACAUCUCCCCCCUACUUUCCAUUGCCCGGUCUUGUGCUAUGUUGGUCACACUCACUGCCACACCAUUGUUCACUGGUCAUAGGGAUCUUCUAUCCAUCGGCCAUCUUCUGAACUUCAAAGACCUCUGCUCAGGGGCUGUGAUGGACAAGAAUAAGGUCUUUUCCAGUAGCAUUCAAAAGGCCCAUGCUGCCCACCAUAAAGCAUUGGGUGACAUGGAGGAUCAAACUUCCACCACAGAGACCAAUGAGCUCAGAAACCUGGUCAAUGCACAACUGGAACCAGUUUCAUGGUUGAAAGGCUGUUUUAAGAGUCAUUUGAUCCGACACACUGGGGAGUCUAGGGACUUUCAAGGAGAGCCGCUCAUUGGGCUGUGUGCUCACAAGCGCUUGGUCAUCAAGAUCACCUUAUCACCCAACAAGAUGGGUUUGAUCAAGCAAGCACACAAGGACUGCAAAGGCGAGGGAAGAAGGGAUGGUGCUCUUUUUGAUCCUUGGGCAUUCUAUUCUGGACCAUGGCAAGAAAACAUGUCUCCAGGACUAGACAAGAAUUGUCAGUCGUUCAACCUGCAAGAGACUUUCAAGGAGAAGGGUGGAACCAAACUCAAGGCUCUUGUGACUCUCAUCUCCUUUUUUGUCCAGUAUGGGAACGAAGCAGACCCAAUACUAGACUCCAAGGGGACAUUGUGCAACGACACCUCUUUGUUGGCUUCCAAUGGAUCAUCAGUCAAUGAUAUCAACUCAGAAUCUGCGACCUCAGGUGAUAGUGUCCAUGUCCGAGAUAAAACUCUUAACCAUUUCAGUUCCAAGCAGGAUUGCAGAGGCAACCCUUGCCAUGUGUUGAUCAUUAGUGGUGUGGGUACAAUGGGGCUGAACAUCACAACAGCAAACGUUGUUAUUUUCACUGAUCAACUUUGGAGCCCCCAAGAUGAGCGUCAGGUCAUAGGCUGUGUGCAACAGAAAGGGCAAACCAAGAAGGUCACAGUAGUCUGGCUGCUGGCAGAUGGUACCACAGAUACUUUACUGUAUCAGUUUUCCCAGGGAAAGGCAAGGCAGAGUGUUACAAAAAUGGGGCCGGAGGCGCCCAUUUUCAGUGAAACAUGUGUUUCCAAAGCUAAAGCAUUUUUGGCAUUGAACAAUGAUGAAGAUAGUGAUGGGGAUACAAGUGACAGCGGCAUUGACAAUCGCUCUCCUUCCAUUGUGCAAGUGAAAGGGAAAGGGACAAGCCACAAGAGGAAGAGAAGCAACGAUGUUGCUGACAAAGGAAAGAAGCAGAAAACAAAGGGGGGUUUCAAGGGAAAAGAAGUUGCCGCCCCCCCCAGCGCUUUCCCCAAUCCUCUACCGUCAUCUUCAAAGGGAGAAGUCCCACUCCCUUUAGAUGCUGGCAGAAGUAGCCCCAUCAACGAUGGCUCCCUGGAUCUGUCUGGAGAUGUGCCUCCAAGGUUCCCAUCUUCCUCGUCAGCCACUGAUUUCAACCACAUUUUUGGUAACACCGAUGCCACGAUGUCAACAUCUGUGACUGGUUUAUCUCCCAUUUCAUCUGCCCCUAGCUCCCCUGGACUCUUUGCUUCAACCCUGCCUUCCUCAGGGUCCUCAAGCAACCAAGCGGAGGGUUCAAGACCUUCAAGUAAUCCAUAUCAUCGAUGGAAACUUGAGAUGGUGCCUUCUGACAGUGAUGAAGAUGGAGAAGAGUUGAACCCCAAACCCUACAUCUCACUGACACAGCCAAAUAGACCUCGACGACGUUGA